CAUUCCCAUUUUCUAACGCUAUUUUUUUGAAACACUAACACUAUUUUGAUAGUACUCUUUUUAUAAUUUUUUGUAAACGCCGUUCAAAAUUCAAAUGUUACUCCCUUUUUACUCUGUAAGAACCAAGUUUGCCCCGACCACUCGUCGCUCCUCCCCCUCCCCUAAUUUCCCAUUGAGCAAAUGAUAAGAACUUCAGUCAGAGGACGCUACGAGAAUGGCACCAACGGCGCCGUCGCCUCCGCAAUCGUCAAUGGCGGCGACGUCGAGCUCAAAGCCAACGCCACCUUCACAACCAGUCCCGCCUUCGAAGACCUCUCGCUCUCGGUUGAAAAUCCCGGCUCCUUCGUCGUCGACUACAGUAUUCCGAAGAAGGAUGUGCGGUUUCAGUUCAUGAAUUCCGUCAGGCUUUUGAGGAAGCAGGUCAAUUUGACGUACUCGCACUGGAGGGGCGACAAUCGGAUCCAACUGGAUGGAACAUUGGUGAUCGAUUCGGCGAACAAGUUAUCCGCCAGCUUCGAGGCUAAUACUGGGAAUUGCAAGGUGAAACACAGCUACAAGCACUGGGGCGGAUUGGUGACGUUUGAGCCCAGCUAUGAUUUCGGGAACAAUUCGUGGGACGUUUCGAUUUCCAGGAGGGUUUUGGAUGGUGAUUUGGUGAGGGCUUCGUAUCAGAGUUCUAGCAAGGUUUUGGAGGUGGAUUGGUGCAGGAAUACAAGUAUGGAUGGCAACUUUAAGGUAUCUGCGUCUGUCAACUUGGCGGAGCCGACAAAACCCCCAACACUUCGCGCUGAGAGCAUCAUAACUUUUGAUUUGUAACUCAAUGAACUUGUCAAUGCAUAGAUGAUAGUUCUCCGUAGUAGCCGUGAGUAAUGACAGUAUUAUGGUAUCUUCUUUUUUCCUAGGAGGAAAUUUUUACAAGGCUAUACAUGAAACAUCCCCCCCCUCCCCCAAUCCUUUAAGAAGUCAUUGUGCAAGUUUCUGAUAUUGUUAUAUCAAUGGUAGAUGUCAAUCCAUCGGAAUUAUGACAUAAAAACAAGACUUUUGU